AUGCUUGUUGACAAGACUCUCGCCCGUCAGGCCGCAUGGACCUCCCAAGUUGCUCAGAGCGACUGCACCGACAAGAUCAUUGUGCAAAAUCUUGCAGUCACUGUCAAUGCCGGCACAGAUGUCUGGGGCCGCAAGAAGAAGCAACGAGCACUGGUCAGCGUCACUGUCACGCUCGGCAACCAUUUCAGCUCUGCAUCAUCUACAGACACCGUCGAUGAGAGCACCGUCCAUUAUGGUACUCUCAGCAAAGCCAUCCAAACGCGCAUUCAAGACGACAUUCUGGACUGGAUGAACACGCCAGACCUUUCAAUAUCACUAGCCGGCAUUGUGCGCACGGCUGCUGGCUCAGCACCCAUUUUUGCGAUAGAGACGGAUGUGUGUUACUUGAAAGGAAGCAUGUUUGGUGAUGGAGUUGGCCACCAGGCAUCCAUCAUUACGCACUCUGGAGUUUACUCAAACGUACUGUACCUAAAGAACGUCCGCGUACCGUGCUUGAUUGGCGUGAAUUCCAACGAGCGCUUGCAGAAGCAGCCAGUUGUCGUCAACUUGUGGGUCGAUUGUGUCCCUGCGUCCCGUGUAGAUGACUACACAGCGCUGGAGACCGCACUUGUUCAGAUCGUCUCUGCGACAGCGUACGAGACACUCGAGAGCCUCUUGGCUUUUGUUGUGCAGGAACUCAGUGUCAAGUUCUUCACCAGGGAAGAGGACCAGGGCGCAUAUAUUCGUCUGAGGAUGGAGAAGCCAAUGGCGGUGCCAUUUGCGGACGCCCCCGCUGUCGAGAUAACCCGGCCAGUCAGAUCAGUAUAA